CCCGUCGCAUGAAUCCCUGCUUGUAGCUAUCUAUUUAUUUACUUUUCUGCCAUACCCAACAUUCAAUUCCCGUUUCCCAUUUCCCAUACCCCAUAUGCAAUUGUAAUUGUGUUUCUUACAAUUACAAACAUAACUCGCCAUAUCCGGCGCAACACAACAAACACAAUGACAACACUAUCCCCAGCACCGGCAUCAACCCCCGUCCCAGCACCGUCCGAAAAACCCAAUCAGAGACCCAGUCCCCUCCGCAGUGUCAUCGCGGGAAGUACAGCGGGCGCGGUCGAAAUCGCAAUUACAUAUCCGUUUGAGUUUGCAAAGACGCGGACGCAGUUAAAUAGACGAUUGCCGGAGAGUGGGAAACUUCCUUGGCCGAAGUUUGGGAGUGCUUGGUAUGCGGGAUGUACGACGUUGAUUAUUGGGAAUUCGUUAAAGGCAGGGAUUAGUAUGUUCUUUCUUUUUUUAUGGGUUUGCUUGGGGGUGGUUUUGAUGGAGGGUGGAGAGGUGGUUUGAGAGCUUGAGCGGAGAGAGGGAUUGAGGGGAUAUGUGAUAGAUGAUAUGGAGUGCGAAUACUGAUAUAUAUAAACAUAGGAUUCGUCGCAUUCGAUCAAUAUAAAGCACUACUCCAAGACGCCGAUGGAAAGAUUUCAGGACCCCGAACUGUAAUUGCCGGGUUUGGAGCUGGUGUUACAGAAAGUUUAUUAGCAGUCACACCAUUCGAAAGUAUUAAAACAACUUUGUACGUUCCCAACUCUUCCCUCCCUACCAUAUACAUAUAACUAACAACCGCAGAAUCGACGAUCGCAAAAGCGCCAAACCGCGCAUGAGAGGAUUCCUCCAUGCUGUCCCCAUCAUCGCACGCGAAAGAGGUCUUCGAGGAUUCUUCCAAGGUUUCGUCCCAACGACCGCUCGUCAAUCCGCCAAUUCAGCCGUCCGAUUCGGUUCCUACACCUCGCUGCGUCAACUCGCACAAUCUUAUACGGCGCCCGGAGAAAAAUUAGGUGCAUUAUCUACUUUUGGGAUUGGCGGAUUAGCAGGUAUCAUCACGGUAUAUGUAACGCAGCCACUUGAUACCGUCAAAACACGCAUGCAGAGUAUAGAAGCAAGAAGCCUGUACAAGAAUAGUUUCCACUGUGCGAGCUUGAUAGCGAAGAAUGAGGGGCUAUUUACAUUUUGGAGUGGAGCCUUGCCGAGAUUGGGAAGGCUAAUUUUGAGCGGAGGCAUUGUUUUCACAAUGUAUGAACAAAGUAUCGAGUUAAUGGGCCGCGUAGAUCCAGAAAGUAAAUACAUUUAAAAAGGGAGCUAAGGAGUGAGUUGAGCAUUGAGUGGAUUUGAAAAGUUGGGAAACGCGCAGCGGAGAAGGGUGCACUUUGACUUGAACUUUGUGCGCAGUGAACAAUCUUCAAUCCUCGUAGAAUUCCGUCAUUUACCUUGUUUGGCAACCAACUUUUCUUUGGACCCCUAGCUUGGUAUUCUCGGUAGGAGGGAUGAAGUUGUGAACUGUGUGGUGUGUGCAUUUUGUAU